AGGUUUGCCAUGUGUGAAACAGCAAUCAAAAUUUCAAAGCAGUACGAGAGAAAACAUAACUUCUGCAGUGCUGAUCCUAGGAAGAACUCUUACCUAACACUGGCUUCUCAGCAAUGAGUGCACAACGGCUUCCAGCAAACUGUCGUGAGCUUAAGGAGUUUGACAGUGUGAAGGAAUCAAUUGCAGACAUUAUAAAUCAACUCCAAGAUAUUGAUCCAAGCCGACUAUCUUUUUCACCAUUUCUUGAUCUGGAUACUCAAAUUUCUUUGGCCCCUGUUUCAGACAGUCCUGAAUCAUCACUGGAGGAACUUAAUUCAAUUUCUGAGGAAGCUUCCAUUGGUUUUCCAGAAGAGAUUCCAAGCAAGGUGUCUGAAAAUGAGGCAAAACAAACAACUGAUGGCAGUACCUGGUGUCCAGAGGGUAAUAAGUGUGUGAGCAGUAUUCUUGAGUCUUCCAGAAAAAACAUGGCAGAAAGACUAAAUUUUCCUAAAGAGCAGGAUGAUAUAGUCAUUAUGAUUCCUAAUGAAACUUCAUUCCUUAAUAGUGUGGAGGUUGAUAUAAUUCAAACACCAGAGUCCAAAGAGAUGUUUUCACAUGCUGAUGAACAUACAGACAGUGAUGAGCAGGACAGUGAAUCUGAAGAGCAGUCUGUACAAGACUCUAUCAGUUUUGACCAUCCUUUUGUGACAUCACCUUCCAAUGCCGAAACUAUAGAGCUUGUUUCUCAGAAUACCCAAGAUGAUGGGGAGGAUGCAUGCCAUCAGGCCAGUGUAGGGACUGGUGAGGACCUCAUGUCCUGCUGUAACCACUGCACUAGUUCGCACCUCAAAGCAGUGUCUUCUGUCUUUGUUUCACUUCUCCUGGUCCCUUGGAUUCUGUAUGGGCUUUACAUGUACUUACCUUUUGAACCUACUUCUAAGAUGGAGCUGACCAGCCGAAUAGCUUUCACAUUGUGCUGCAUGGUUGUCACCGUGGUGCCUAUUACACUUGGUGUUGUGAUUGGCUCAGUCUGCAGGCUGUGUUCUGUAGCAAUAAACCCACAAGACACUUGUUCACACAGUGUUCUGCUUCACCAGAGAUAUGUCACCAGUUCUGUUGAACAGUUCACCAUUUAUUUUAUUAACCUGGUUGCCUUGGCAACCUUUCUGGAGCAGGAACAUCUCAAGAUCAUUCCUAUACUUGCAGGACUGUUCACUGUAGGGAGGCUUAUAUACUGGAUUUCCCUGGGAGUAAACAGUGAGUACCGAGGAUUUGGCUAUGGUCUGACUUUCUUCCCAGCACUAGCUAUGACAGCUUACAAUUUUUACUGCUUGUAUCAACUUGGGUUUGGUUACUUCUUGGAAGCUUCACAAGGCAGCCAUCUUACAACCCAGGCACCCACUUCCAGGCUACAGUUAAGUAACCUUGGAGGAUGAAAGAAAAGUCACAGGUUCUACAUCACCUUUUGACUGAGUCCAGUACAUAACAAGAUGACAAGAUGGUCUGCUUAACAAGUGGCAAGAAUGCAGCUGCAACCGAACUAAGACAGUUUUUCAGAUCAAAAGCACGGUGGUACUGAAUAUAGCUGAGCAAGUAAAGCCAAAGGCCGAGAGGUAAAGGAAGCACAGAUGUGAUUUUUUGGGACUUAAUCCACUGAGUUUUCUCACUUACAAAAUGAGCUAUAACUUAGAAAGGAUUCAUGAAGGAAUUUAUAACAACAUUUUGUUGUACAUAUUUAGUGAUAUGAACAUUCAAGUACUGCAGGCUUGUUUACCAAGUCUUCUGCGAUUAUUUCACUUCAUAUUUCAAAGGUUUCCUUCCUAAGUUUUUUUGCCAGUGAGAACAAACAUAUAUUUAGACACAAAGUACAAAAACAUUAAUGUAGUACCAGCAUCAUUUGUAAUCUCACAAACUGAUUUUCAUGCAUAUUUUCUUUUGUGUAUGCUACCUCUGACUGAAUAAAAUGACUGCUUUCCUUUAUAAUGCUUAA